AUGGAUUCCCUCGGGAGGUCCCUGCCACUCACCCCGAUCGAAAGUACGCUGAAGACGCUUCUGCUGGAUGUCGUGCAGUAUAUCGGAGAAAGGAACCCGCAACUCCCGCCCACCGUCCUGCGAUUUACCGGAGGAUGGGUGCGGGACAAGCUAUUGGGCGUGGACAGUCAUGACAUCGAUGUCGGGAUCAGUAACAUGACGGGCUAUCAGUUUGGUCUGCUGCUGAAGAAGUACAUGGACACGCCGGGGAAUCUGGACAAGUACAGGCAGACACUCCCGGAUGAGGAAUUCAAGCAAAACAUCGUCAGUCUACACAAAAUCGACGCGAACCCCGAAAAGUCCAAGCAUCUAGAAACAGUCACAACGAAGAUCUUUGGCUUGGAUGUGGACCUCGUGAACCUCCGGAAGGAGACCUAUUGCGAGGAUAGUCGGAACCCGCAGAUGGAAUUCGGCACACCCGAGGAAGAUGCGCUGCGCCGGGAUGCCACGAUCAAUGCGCUAUUCUACAAUCUCAACGAGUCGAAAGUCGAGGAUUUUACCGGACAGGGCUUGACGGAUAUGGAGAGCGGAAUUAUCCGCACCCCUCUGGAGCCAUUCCAGACCUUUCAAGACGACCCGCUUCGCGUGUUGCGCUUGAUUCGGUUUGCUAGCCGCCUAGGGUACAGUAUAGACGAGGAGACGCAAGCUGCGAUGCGUAAUGAACAUAUUGGAGAGGCCCUCAAGCUCAAGAUUAGCAGAGAACGGGUCGGCGUUGAGUUGGAGAAGAUGCUUCAAGGUCCGGAUCCCCGUGGGGCACUGCAUUUGAUUGAUAGCCUCGGGCUAUAUUCGACCAUAUUUGCCAACCACAUGGAUGACGUUCAGGCGGACACAUCGUCCUGGUCUCUCGCUUACAAUGGGCUGGAAGCAUUACUAUCUCCUGAUGCCGGCCCAGACGUGGCCCGGCUGCGCCACUUCCUUGUGCGCGAUAGGCGUGAAACUUAUUACGCAUGGAUGAUUGCUGCAUUUGCUCCCUGGUCGAGUGUGCCAGGUCGUGUUCCAAAAACCUCCAAGUCGAAGCCGCUCCCACCUCGGACGGUAGACGUGGCUCGCGACAGUCUCCGAUCCGAUAAUAAGUCCAUGAGUUUGAUAGGUGCUGCAGCGAAGAAUUGGCGUCACGUUAUAGAGAUCAAAGACUUUGUCCUAAUCAACACACACCGAUCGUCCGACCAAAUCACACCAGAGAAAUUACGACAAAAAGUCGGGCUUGCCAUUCGCUCGUGGUCGACCAGCGACUGGAGGCUUUGCAUCCUCCUGGCCAUACUCCAGGGACACAUGCAUGGACAAAAUCUCCAGGAAGUGGUUAAAGGCUAUGAGAAAUUCAUUUCGUAUAUCCAGAAAGCGAACCUGGAAGACGUGUACGAGAUGGCUCCUCUGGUCAAUGGUGUUGAUACCAUGCAGGCUUUUGGGGUGAAGGCUGGGCCAUGGUUGAAGAAGGCGCAGGACAUGGUGAUUGCCUGGCAGCUGUCGCAUCCGGAAAUUACCGAAAAAGAACCGCUCCGCUCCGCGGCACGCGAGGCCCUGCGCCGAGGGGAUUCGCACAUCCCCGAUUCCAUUCUGGAUUCCACCCCAGUCCCCCGCGCAUUGGACCAGCUCUGGGACACCAUCUCUCCCCACGAUCAUACACAACAUCAAGCUGCCUGCGAAAACCUUCUUAUUGCCCGGGAGUGCCUGAGGCUGUGCGACUUGAAAGAACUAUCCGAGUCGGACCAACAUGCAGCCAACAAUCUCUACGGAUGGGCAAAUCGACUCAGGUCGGAAUUAUCACUAUCCGUGAUCGCAGCACUGGAUUCUAUCCUGCCAGUCCACCAAGCCGCAAAUGUGCCCGAUAUCCUCCUGGCCCUGGCAAGCUUCACCUCCGAAGCGGACCCAUGGACAACCGCAGAGACUGGCGCAACGUCGGCGGCCAUCCUCGACAGCUUCACCACCACAGCACGCUCUGCACCCAAUAAUUCCUUCUGGACCAUGCUCGAAAGCAUCCUGAAAGAGAAAAUCCGGCCUCUCUUCACCAAAACGCGAAACCCGGCCAUCACAGCCGCAGGCCGCAAGGACUUCCACCCGGUGCCUCUGCCGCGCUUCGACGUCAGUAUCCUCGACCCGGAGGCCCAGCCGUGGCAGGCACACGAAGUCUACGCGACGACGGUCCUCUCCUGGAUAGUCUCUCAAUAUCAGACAUCCGACAUCGCCCACCUAGAAGCGCACUUCCCUCUCCUCAUUCCCCCCAUCCUAGCACUAAUCGACUCGUCCCCCACCGCCCUCAAAACCCAAGGGUGCCUCCUGAUAACGCAUCUCCUCCACCCCAUCCGCGCCGCCCGCUCCCCCAUCCUCCGGCGCACCAACCUCUCCUCCGUCUUCGACGACGCCAUCCGCCCCUGCCUCCUCUCCCUCCCAACCAUCACCCCGGAAGACGAAUCCCUCACCCUCCUAGCAGCAGCCUACCCUGCCCUCCGCCUCCUCCACAAAACCGCUUCCCUCCCCCAACCCCAACCCACCACCACUACCACCACCACUACCACCACCACCUCCAACCCCAAAAACCCGCACGCCCAAACCCUCCGCGAAAACCUGAUCCCCUCCUUCCACCACACCAGCAUCACCCCCACCACCCGCAACGACCCCUCCACCAACAAACCCUCCUUCCCGUACCCGCGGCUCUCCACCCUCCUGCUGCACCAAAUCCACGACGAGCUGUUCGACCUCGGCAUCCAGACCACAAAGUACCUCCAGGAUAUUAUUCCGCUCGUGUACUCCGUCCUCGAGAAUCCGUUCGGGACUGCAUAUCCCCCGCUGCUGUUGGCGGGGGUUGCGGUCGCGAGGGCGGUCGUGCUGAAUGCCCAUCCUAGGGUGUGGGUUUGGCGCGGGGAGAUUCUGGGUGCGGUUUGUGGGUGUUGGGGGGUUGUUGGGGAGGAGGUGGAUGAAAGAAUACGGGAGAAGAAGAAGAAGAAGAAGGAGGAGGAGGAGGAGGGGACGGUGAAUGGGGGUCAAAGUGAGGAAGAUAAUAAUGAUGCGGUUGAUGUGUUGGAGAGAGUCAAGAGGGAGUUGAAGGGGGUCGUGUAUUUGCUUCGCAUGGCGGUGGAGAAUCCCGUCCCUGGGGAGACGCAGGCGUUGCAGGUGAAGGAGGGGUUUCAGCAGGAGAUGGAGGACUUGGUUGCUGCGGAUGAGGAAUUGAGGGAGUUGCUGUUGGGGGAGGUGGAUGGGGAUGAUGAUAGCACGUUUUUUGGGGCUGGGUUAGAAUAG